UGCAGAGCAAACCUGACGAAGUUGCAAACAAUGAAGUUCAGGAGCUCGCCGGCGGCGUCUGCAGCGAUUGCCAUCGCUGUGGUCUUCUUCCUCUCUGCCAAAGCACCACCAUCGGCCAAUGCUGCUGUCGUCGAACACACCUUUGUUGUGAGCCAGGUGAAAAUGACGCACUUGUGCAACGAGACGCUGGUCACCGUUGUGAACGGGCAGUUCCCAGGCCCUGCGAUAGAGGUCACAGAGGGAGACUCAGUUGCUGUUCAUGUCGUCAACAAGUCACCCCACAACCUAACAAUCCACUGGCAUGGCGUGAAGCAGCGGAUGAACUGUUGGGCAGAUGGGGUGCCAAUGAUCACACAGUGCCCAAUUCUACCGAACCAGAGCUUCACCUACAGGUUCAAUGUUGCUGGACAGGAAGGCACACUGUGGUGGCAUGCUCACGUUUCCUUCCUCCGGGCAACCUUGCACGGCGCCUUAGUCAUCCGGCCGAGACGCGGGGCCAGCUCGUACCCUUUUCCGAAGCCUUACAUGGAGAUCCCUAUCAUUAUAGGCGAGUGGUGGCAGAUGGACCUUUUUAAGGCGGACUGGGGCAUUAAGCAGCAUGUGAUUGAUGCUUACUACACUGCAUCGACAAUAAACGGAAAGCUUGGAGACAUCUAUAACUGCUCUGGUGCCGUGGAAGAUGGAUACAAGCUAGAUGUGGAGCCUGGGAAAACCUACCUGCUACGAGUAAUCAAUGCCGCGCUCUUCGCCGAGUACUACCUAAAGAUUGCCGGCCACAAGUUCACGAUUGUCGCGGCAGAUGCCAACUAUGUUACCCCCUACACCACAGAUGUCAUUGCCAUUGCACCUGGAGAAACGGUCGAUGCCCUUGUGGUCGCCGACGCAGCCCCCGGCAGAUACUACAUGGUAGCCCUGCCCAACCAGUCACCGAAGCCAGACCCGCAGAGCCCGGUGCUCAUCACGAGAGGAAUAGUACAGUAUAGCAACAAGCAAAAGCCUGGCAAUGGAGUGGAACAUCCAUCCAUUGAUAUUCCAGUGUCACCAGAGAUGCCUGACCAGCAUGACCUGAUGCCAUCGUUCUACUUCCAUGGCAACCUGACCAGCUUAGUACACCAUCCUCAACGCCCACGAGUGCCAACUCGUGUUGAUGAGAGAUUGUUCAUCACACUCGGCCUGGGCUCCAUCUGCCGGCAAGGACAUUCCUCGUGCGAGAGGAGUGAGAGCCCUGAUUCCCUUAUCGUGGCGACGAUGAACAACGUCUCCUUCCAGCAACCCGCGCUAGAGAUGCCAUUAUUGGAAAUGCACUACUACAACCCCGACCGCGUGGCAACCAUGCUGCAAGAGCUGCCGAAAGAGCCGCCGAUGGUAUACAACUACACUGAUCCAGCCCUGAUCCCACUGGGACCCAAGGAGGCGAAGUUGGAGCCUUCAUCCGAGGCAACGGUUGCCCGGCGUUUUAGGCAAGGCUCGGUGGUGGAGGUGGUGUUCCAAGGUACGGCGUUGUUGCAGAGCGAGUCGAACCCGAUGCACCUACAUGGCCAUGACGUGUUUGUGCUAGCUCAGGGGGAAGGCACCUAUGACGCCGGGAGGGAUGCAGCAAGGUACAACCUUGUGAAUCCACCCAUCAAGAACACCGUGCAUGUCCCGAGGCUAGGGUGGGUUGCUCUCCGGUUUGUCGCAGAUAAUCCAGGGAUAUGGUACAUGCAUUGCCACUUUGGUUUUCAUCUGUCAAUGGGCAUGCUAGCAUUGUUCAUCGUUGAGGAUGGGACGACAGUGGGCACAUCCCUCCCUGCACCACCUGCGGAUUUUCCGACAUGUGGCCAUGACCACAAACUGAUGCCAACUGAAUUGUACCCUAUCUAAGGAAAUUGAAGUUGCAUUAACAGAUGGAGUAUAAGAGAUAAUUGCUAGCACUAGCCUCCAAAUGAGCCGACAUAUAAACGAUGAUCAUGUAUCUUGAAAUGAAAAAAAAAUAUAGCUUGUCUAAAUAAUGUAAAUCAGGAGGCUGGCUUAUUAUAUGUACAAUUUUAAUCUAUAAUGUUCUAUUUUUUUGAA